AUGGGGGAAGGAUUCAGCAAAGACGAGUUAUUGCAGCUCCUUGACAAAGCCAAAUGUCGCUUCCCCAUAGAAAAAAAUGUUCUGUGCAAGUAUUUCUACAGGAACAAAUCUGCUGAAUACUUCGAGAGCAUUCACCAGCUGUCCCCAUCGAUCAUGCGAACGUAUGUGAAAGACAACAGUGGAGAUCCCAGGUGUCCCAUCAAUGGUUUGAUAUGUGGAUUGUUCUUUAUGGCCAGCGUCGAAGAAGGUCACCAAGAUGGAACUCCUAAAAUAAAAUCUCAGUUUGGAAGAAGGAGAUUAAUCAUUCCUAUCAAGUGCUUAUUCAAUGUCGAACUAUGUAAUCUUUAUUUUUCGGAUUUCUAUUGCAUGAAAGGGAUUAACCACUAUGUUACGGUUGUCUUAACAAAGAAAAAUUCCGUGGUUGACAAUUUUUGUCAAAACCAUUUGAUACUUCUUGACACCUUCAACAAUCCUUUUCUUUUUUAUGACCAACUUUCUCAAACAUUUAGAGUGAAUAGCAAUAUGUAUUAUGUAGUGGAAGUAUUUUAUACUGAAGAUGUUAAUAUCGAUCUAUUGAUAGGCCAUUGGUAUGAAACUGUGGAAACAAUUGGGCAAGGAAGUUCGACACCUGGAGGCUUACCGAAGCGACCCAAUUGUCCUAUUUGUAAUUUGAGAACAGAUAACUUUGGAUACGGGUAUUAG